AUGACAGCGUCCCCGGCACUCCAGACGCUGGUGGGCCGCGUACAAGGUGACCUCCUACACGAGCUCAAGGUACUCAAGAACAGCAUCAUCGGCAACACUUGGAAAAAGGUGGAACAUGCAGGCGAUGACGCUCUGUUGGUCUUCCUCUUGGAACUGCUAGUCGUGCCAGAAGAAGACGAUGCUGUCGGCGCCGACAUUGUAUGCGAAACGGCCGUCAUUAUCGGCGCUCUAUCUAGCGCUGGUGCCCUCACCCUCCGCCCUCUACUCGGCGAGCGUGUCCCGGCCAGGCUGGUGGGCGUGGUUCGUACUCUUCCCGCAAACCACCCUGCCGCGUCACGCAUGCUGCCUCCAAUCCUACGUGGGCUGCGCAAUGUCCUCGGCGCAACAGCAGAUGCAGUGUGGGGCCACAUGUGGGGUGUUGGCGCCGAGCAAAAGGUUGUUGGUACCGGGUUGGUUGGCGAUGAUGUGCUGCGUCCAGCUCGAGUCCGCAAGGGUCGGGCAUCGCAGUGGCGGGCCGAUGCGGUAAGUGCUCUAGGCAUUGUGUUUGAACCUGCAAACCGGACGGCCCUCCUGAGUCUCAUCGACGUCCAUCCAGACAACAACCACAUCCUGUUACCUCUCUACCAGCUCCUCGCGCGUCUUAUUGCCCUUCCUUCCCAUCGCGAGGCAUUUGCUCCAGCCUCGGAGCCGUUCGUUAUCCACCAUCUUCUCGAAACGCUAUGCGACUGCUGGUCUCGUGGCCGCCGACCACAGCCCAGGUUGUUGGAAGCCGCUCUCGACCUGCUCGCCGCUUUGGUCAAGGGCCAGCCCAACAUUGCCACUGUGGUGCGCGAGUGGGACGUGUCGGGCGUCUUGGACCCAGACGACACAGCAGCAGCAACUGGAGUCAUUGGCCUUCUUGUCCAGCUGCUCGAGACCGGUCCACCAGGCGUUCGCAUUGCUGUCGCCAACUGCCUCACAAACAUUAUAAAGGCCGACAAGGGGUUCCACGCCCGUGACCGCGUCACCCUCAACCUCACAAAUUUGAACCUUCUCAAUGUCGUUAUCAAGCUCCUUCGCACCGAGGCCGUAGAAGAACGCGUAAAGCUGUGCUUUGUCCUCGCCGCGCUGGUAUCAGACGACGAACGGCUGCAAAAGGCAGCAGCAGAGCAAGGGUGUCCCACUCAACUGAUUGGCAUGUUGGUUGAGGUGGACGCCGACGAGCUGAGAAGCGAGAUGGGCCACGAGGCCGCGAGUCGGUCACGCGAAGGCGCACUACUCGCCCUGGCGGCCCUGUGUUUCCAGUACGAGCCCACACGCUCUCUCAUCGCCGACGCGUCCCCUCCGGUUCUCCCACUCGUGUGCUCUGCCCUCUCGCACCCCAGCUAUGGCGUCCGCGCCGCUGCAUGCCAGCUUGCCCGUGCUCUCAGUCGCACCGUCGCCAUCCUGCGUACCAGCCUCGUCGACUCGGGCGUCGGCGAAGAGGUUGUCGAGACGCUCAAGCGCGAGGUAGCCCGUCGCCGUGCCGAUGCGGUUGAUGGGCCUGUCGACAGCGAUGUAUGGGACGUGACGGUUGAAGAAGAGCUCGGUGACCGCGCAUGGACCGUCGAAGUGGCGGCGACCGCUACCUUGUCCAACCUUAUUGUCGACUUUUCGCCGCUGCGAUCUAAAUUUGUCGCAUCAGGAGGUAUCGAGCUCCUCGUCGAACUCACAAGUUCGCCGUACGAGCCACUUUCGCUUAAUGCGCUUUGGGGGCUCAAGAAUGUGACAUAUCACGCUUCCGAGGGCAUAAAGGCCGACGUCAUGAACCAGCUGGGUUGGGACGCCAUGCGCACCUUUCUUUCCCGACCGACCGUGACCGUCGUUCGGGCUCAGGCACUCGGUAUCUUGCAAAACUUGACAGAUGUUCAGAACGCAUCCGACUUGAACCGUUGGCUCGAGAGCCUGGGCACCGAUUUCCUGCUCGACGUCCUCGAGCAAGCGAUUGAAGAAGAAGAAGUCCUGGCCGAACCGGCGCUUUACAUUUUAAGCCAGAUUGCCUUGGGAAACGAACGUCACCGGUCGGCCCUGACAGCCCGCGUCGAGCUGCUGGAAACACUCUCAAAAGCCCUCAACUCGCGCAACGACCAGAUCCGUACUCCCGCCUUGCGCACACUCCGCCACUUGAUUGAGAGUAACUCGCGCUCUCAACGUCCCCGCCAAGCCAUCGUCGACCUACUUCAGCCAUACCAUCUCAAAGUCCGUCUGCGCGAGAUUGCAGAAUGUGCACCGAGCAUUACGGUUCGGCAGAGCGCGGUUUCAGUGCUGGACCUCCUCGACCGCGCACGUACUUAA